CCCUCCUACCUGGACUAUAAAUCCAACAGCUCCAUUAAGUCCUACCAGACGGGUUUCUUCCCGAGUCGCUGCCCCGAGGGCCCGGACAGCUUGUCCUCUGGUUUUCAGAUGAGUUUGGGAACUGGGAUGGACAUACUGGGAGGCUCCUGUGACCACAGAGACCCAGACCUGGAGAACAGCGGGGAUCUGAGCAUGUUCUGUGAUGGACCAGUGAAAGCUAAAACAGCUUACAGGCUCAGUGUUCGAGCCUUCACUCAGCUGUUUGAUGAAGAUAAACACGAGUUGACCGUCAGUUCUCCUCUGUUCACCGACACGUUCCUGUCGCUGCCCGUCACCACAGAGGCAGAGCCUCUGAGCGGUGUGAUCGAGGGCGUCAGUGCCGGCAUGUUCCUCAUCGCCAUGAUGGUCGGCGUCACCGCGCUGCUUGUCUGCAGGCAGAAGGCUCGUAAAGUGGUGGAAGAGCGAGCGACAGUGAGGAUGAGUGUGAGGAGAGAGAGGACGACACCUGGAGCUCACACAGGGGUCAGAGGAAACCGUCGGAUCUCCAGUCCCAUAAAGAUCCAGAUUGAGAGUCACCUCAACAAGCUGCAGGCCGACUCUCACUACCUGCUGUCCCAGAGUACGAGGUUGGACCUAAAGGAUGUGGGUCGUAACCAGUCGUUGGAUUCAGCACUGCUGCCGGAGAAUCGAGGGAAGAACAGAUACAACAACAUCCUGCCAUACGACUCAACGAGAGUGAAGCUCUCCUACGUGGACGACGACCCGUGUUCUGACUACAUCAACGCCAGCUACAUCCCUGUGAGCUCGUCUCGUAGGGAGUACGUAGCGACUCAGGGUCCUCUGCCGGGGACUAAAGAUGAUUUCUGGAAGAUGGUGUGGGAGCAGAACGUGCACAACGUGGUGAUGGUGACUCAGUGUGUAGAGAAAGGCAGGGUGAAGUGUGAUCACUACUGGCUGGACCAGGACCCCCUGUACGGAGACCUGAUUGUCAGGAUGGUUUCAGAGUCUGUUCUUCCUGAGUGGACCAUACGAGAGUUAAGUGUGUGUCAGGAGGAACAGCUGAGUGUCACUCGUCUCGUCCGUCAGUUUCACUACACGGUCUGGCCGGAUCACGGAGUCCCAGAGACCACUCAUUCCCUGAUCCAGUUUGUCCGGACUGUGAGGGACUACGUCAACAGAAGUCCCGGAUCUGGACCCACUGUGGUCCACUGCAGUGCUGGUGUGGGUCGUACUGGAACCUUAAUAGUUCUGGAUCGGGUCCUGCAGCAGAUGGACUCUAAGGACACGGUGGACAUCUACGGCUCCGUGUUUGACCUGAGAAUCCACCGCUCACACAUGGUGCAGACAGAGGGUCAGUAUUCGUACCUCCAUCAGUGUGUGCGAGAUGUUUUCAGAGCGAGGAAGCUGCGCAGUGAGCAGGAGCUCUUCCUUUGUCCCAUCUACGAAAUGUGA